GAAAUUUCAUCCAAAUCAGAGAGAACAGAGAGUUGGAUUCUGUGCAUCGUUAAUUACGAGAAGAUCGAUUCCUCCACCGAUUGAUCUCUUAUAAGAUAUCCAAACCAGAGGAAUGGAGGAUGUAAGUUCCUCCACCCACCAUUACUACGACACCAGGCAUCUCGCAGAAAAGUUAACACGUUUAGAAGAAGAUUUUGCGGAUAUGAAAAAAGUCUUAAAGGAAGUGCAAUUAUCGUUAUUAUUGAAUCAGCCUAAGCCUGAAGCCAAGCAAGUGCACUCAUCUUCAUCAUUGAAUCAGCCUAAGCCUCAAGCCAAGCAAGUGCAGUCCAUAGUUAUCGAUGGCGCAAAUGGCGCGCGCCAUAGAUGCGCCAUUGGCGAUCUAGAGCCGAAACGCCAUGAAUUGGGCAGUGGCGGUCGAUUAUUGACGAAGCAGUAUCGGUCAUUUUCAUCAUUGAAUCAGCCUAACCCUCAAGCCAAGCAAGUGCAAUCAUCUUCAUCAUUGAAUCAGCCUAAGCCUAAAGCCAAGCAAGUGCAAUCAUCUUUAUCAUUGAAUCAGCCUAGGCCUAAAUCCAAGCAAGUGCAGUCAUCUUCAUCAUUGAAUCAACCUAAGCCUAAAGCCAAGCAAAAUCCUACAUAUGGAUACAUCUCCCCGGUCUUUAAGAAGCCAGAUCGACCCUAUACCAACAUUUUUUAUUAUGCACUUGCCAUAGGGUUUUAUAUCUUUAUCAUCCGUGAGCUGAUGUACACAAAUGGGGACAUGAUACCCUCGCGGGCUAUCUUUUAUCGGGAUACACAAAAACACAAAGAUGAGUGGCAGGAAGCUCCACCCCUGCGUGGGGAAACCCACAGUUAUUGCUUCUUUCAGGCCAAUGACAAGAUUUUGUUAAGAACAAAAGCACACACACACGAAUAGAAAGCAAGAAAGCAAUAGAGAACACGAGAUUUAACGUGGUUCGGUCUAAUCUGACCUACAUCCACAGGGGCAACUAGGGUUUGUAUUAUUGAGUGAUGAUGAUUACAAGUACAGGAGAUCAAAUAUAUAGACAACUAAUUAGGGUUUAACCCUUGCUGGACAAGUUAUAGCAAACUGGGCUUAAAACCAUUUGGGCCGGCCGAAACCCUAAUCUGGUCUCCU